CAGGAUUUGCCCCAUUCGUGGAUGGCACAAUCCUGGUCAAUCCAACCGGCAUUCCUCCUACACCCAGCGGACCUGCACAAUCGUCAAUACCUACAUUUUCUGGAAUGGAAUUGGCAGAUUUUCCAGACAGAGAUCUUCUGUUCGGACUCACGAGUGUCGAGUCAUUUCUAGACCUCAAUGCACAGGAUUUGCAGUUUGGUUUCAACGAGACCAAACGUGACCGCAUCCUACGCACCUACGUUCGCAACACGUACUACUUCCAUCUGAAUGAGAUCUUCUCCACAUUAAAAAAUGAGUACACGGACUGGGAAAGGCCGACUCAGAACCCGUUAGCUGUUCGGGAUGCUACUUUGAGCGUACUCAGCGAUGGACAUACGGCUGCACCCCUAAUACGACUUGGGUAUCUGCAUUCGAUUGCGGGAGGGAAGACGUUUUUUCUGCACUUCAGGCAUCAUAAUGAUGCAACAGAUUUUCCGCAAUGGCAGCGUUCGAGGUGAAGAUAUUCCUUACAUUUUAGGAUUACCUAUUGUUGGAGGUGGGUCAUUCUUUCCGCACAACUAUAGCCAUGCAGAUGCACAAAUAUCAAAAACAGUGAUUACGUACCUCAGCAAUUUUGUUAAAAGAGGGGAUCCGAAUACUGUCCAACCAUAUCAAGCAAAUUUUGUCCAAGAACGAAGCAGUUACAACAUGGGGAUACCUUAUUGGGAUACAUAUGACAAUAUUAACCAGUUUUACCUAGAAAUAGCCGUCCAGUGA